GAUGAGCGUUUAGCACACAUAUGGCAGGAUGUCACUGCAGCGCAUGAGGAAAAAGGAGGAAAGCAGAGACAAUCUUGCAAUGCAUCAUACAAACACUGAAGAACGGUAGCGAUCAUAGCAAUCUAAAAUCGGGUCGGAGAGAAGGAUGGUCUGGCAAUGCCUAGCUGUAAGACUGCGUUUUUGUUAAACUGACCGACAAAUCACUGACGUGCUUUUGGUUCACACAACACUGGAUGUUCCUUUUUUUAGCGAAACGAAUAAUCUUACUGAAGUACUUUUCACCAGACAAGCCCUGAAACAGGACAGAAUGGCGUCACAAAACGACUGUUGUGUCAAGGUCUCUUUGAGGAUCCGCCCGCAGAUGGCAAAGGAGAAGAUUGAGGGGUGUCACAUCUGCACCCUGGUCACCCCUGGUGAGCCCCAGGUGCUGCUGGGAAAGGACAAAGCCUUUACCUACGACUUUGUGUUCGACAUAGAAGCCCAGCAGCAGGAGAUCUAUGCCACCUGCGUCCACAAGCUGAUCGAGGGCUGCUUCGAGGGCUACAACGCCACUGUCUUCGCCUAUGGACAGACCGGUUCGGGGAAGACCUACACAAUGGGCACGGGGUUCGAUGUGAGCGUCACGGAGGAGGAGCAAGGCAUCAUCCCCCGGGCGGUGCGGCAGCUCUUUCAGGGCAUCGAGCAGCGGCGGGCGGAGGCGCAGGGCAGGGGCGUGCAGCCCCCCGAGUUCAAAGUCAGCGCCCAGUUCCUGGAGCUCUACAACGAGGAGAUCCUGGACUUGUUUGACAGCUCACGGGACCCCGAUUUCCGGGGCAGGAAGUCCAACAUCAAGAUCCACGAGGAUGCGAGCGGGAGCAUCUACACCACAGGGGUGACCUCUCGGCUCGUCAGCUCCGAGGAGGAGCUGCUGCAGUGUCUGAAGCUGGGCGCCCUCUCCCGAACCACAGCCAGCACCCAGAUGAAUGCCCAGAGCUCCCGCUCUCACGCCAUCUUCACCAUCCAUCUGUGCCAGAUGAGGGUGUGCCAACAGCCCGACCCGUUGAUCCGAGAUGGAACAGACCAGAUGAACGGGGUGUCCGGUGGGCCCAUCUCCCAGCCCGAGUAUGAAACGCUGACAGCCAAGUUCCACUUCGUGGACCUGGCCGGGUCUGAGAGGCUGAAACGGACCGGGGCCACAGGGGAGCGUGCCCGUGAGGGCAUAUCCAUCAACUGUGGUCUGCUGGCCCUAGGCAAUGUCAUCAGUGCCCUGGGAGAUCAGAGUAAGAAGAGUGGCCACGUGCCCUACAGGGACUCCAAACUCACCAGGCUCCUGCAGGACUCACUGGGUGGGAACAGCCGCACGUUGAUGAUCGCCUGCAUCAGCCCCUCUGACCGGGACUUCAUGGAGACCCUCAAUACCCUAAAGUAUGCCAACCGCGCCCGCAACAUCAAGAACAAGGUGGUGGUGAACCAGGACAAGACCAGCCAGCAGAUCAGCGCCCUGCGCGCCGAGAUCGCCCGCCUGCAGAUGGAGCUCAUGGAGUACAAAGCGGGCAAGCGAGUUGUGGGAGAGGAUGGCGCGGAGGGCUUCAGCGACCUGUUCCAGGAGAACUCUAUGCUGCAGAAGGAGAAUGGCACUUUGAGGAUGAGGGUGAAGGCCAUGCAGGAGACCAUCGAUGCCCUCAACAGCCGCGUCACUCAGCUGCUUUCCAACGAGGUCAACGUGCUGCUGGCCAAGUCAGGUGAUGAGAACGAGGAAAUAGGUAGUCUAAUUCAAAACUACAUAAGAGAGGUUGAGGAGCUCAGGUCCAAGCUGCUGGAGAGCGAGGCCAUGAACGAGUCACUCCGCCGUAGCCUGUCCCGUCUCUCCGCCCGCUCCCCGUUCCCCUCCUUGCAGGGCACCGUCCUGGGCCACCCUCCCGGCUCCUCUCCCUCCAUCUCCAUGGAAGCGGAGAUGACGGAGGUGAUCCGCCGCGCCAGGCAGGACCUCGAGAGGCUGAAGAAGAAGGAGUGGAAGCAGAGGAGGAAGAGCCCCGAGAGGGAGAAGUCCCUGCAGAAGAGGGCCAAGCUGCAGGGCCAGGAGAAUGGAGAGAUCAGGGAGAACGGAGAGGUGGCCAAGAAGCCGGAGAACGGAGAGAACGGGGAGGCUGACUCGGACAGCGUCGCUGCGGAGGUGAAUGGAAUGUGUCCUCUGCAGGACGAAGAACAAGAGGAGAGUGGCUGUGAUGAGGAUGAGGAGGAGGAUGAGGAAGAGGAAGGAAGGGACGAGGAAGAGUUUGACAGUGACGAGAGCUUGGUGGACUCCGACUCCGAUUCCGACGAGAAAGCCAACUUCCAGGCGGAUCUGGCGGACCUGACGUGUGAGAUCGAGAUCAAGCAGAGGCUGAUCGACGAGCUGGAGAACAGCCAGCGGCGGCUGCUGAUGCUGAAGCUGCAGUACGAGGAGAAGCUGAUCCUGCUUCAGAACAAGAUCCGUGACACCCAGCUGGAGAGGGACCGUGUGCUGCACAAUCUCAUGUCCAUGGAGAACUACACGGAGGAGAAAGCCAACAGGAUCAAGGCGGACUACGAGAAGCGCCUGAAGGAGAUGAACAGGGACCUGCUGAAGCUGCAGGCGGCUCAGAAGGAACACGCCCGGCUCCUGAAGAACCAGACCCGAUACGAGCGCGAGCUGAAGAAGCUGCAGGCCGAGGUGGCUGAGAUGAAAAAGGCCAAGGUGGCGCUGAUGAAACAGAUGAAGGAGGAGCAGCAGAGGCGGCGAAUGGUUGAGGCUAUGAGGAACCGUGAGAUCGCCCAGCUCAAGAAAGAACAACGGCGACAAGAGUAUCAGAUCCGAGCCCUGGAGUCGCAGAAGAGGCAGCAGGAGAUGGUGCUACGGAGGAAGACCCAGGAGGUGACGGCGCUGCGGCGGCUGGCCCGGCCCAUGUCCGAUCGGGUCGGGGGGAGGCUGGCGCGUCGGCCGCAGCCCAUGGACUCCGGGGCCGACCUCUCGGCCAGCACCACCUCGUCCGAGCCCGAGUCGGCCCGCUCUGUCUCCAGCAUCGUGCGCCAGUGGAACACCAAGAUCAACGGCUACCUGGCGGAGAGCGAGAGCACUGUCAACGGAGCACGCACACCAAGGAAGAAGUUCCAGAGGAAGGGGACAGGUGCAGGCUUCUCCAAGUCAGCCCGGCAGAAGUGGCAGGCCCUUGAGCGGAGGAUCACGGACAUCGUCAUGCAGAGGAUGACCAUCGCCAACGUGGAGGCCGACAUGGACCGCCUCAUCAAGAAACGCGAGGAGCUGACAGUCCAGCAGGAGGCGCUGCUCUGCAAACGGGAGAAGCUGGUGAGCGAGGUCCCGGAAGAGGAGGAGCAGGAGCGCCUCCUACAGGAGAUGAACGAGGAGAUUGAAGUGCUCAAUGCCAACAUCGACUACAUCAACGACAGCCUGUCAGACUGCCAGGCCACCAUCGUGCAGAUCGAAGAGACAAAGGAUGAGCUGGACUCGGUGGACACCUCCGUGGUCAUCAGCUCUUGCUCCCUGGCUGAGGCACGCCACCUGCUGGACCACUUCCUAAAGGCGUCCAUCGACAAGGGCCUGCAAGUGGUGCAGAAGGAGGCUCAGAUCCGGCUGCUGGAAGGACAGCUCAGGCAGACGGAUGUGAUUGGCUCCGCCCACAAUCAUGUGAUCCUGGAUGCCUUGAGAGAGAAGGCAGAGUGCAACCCGGAGCUGCAGGCCCUCAUUCACAACGUCCAGCAGGAGAAUGGUUAUGCCAGCACUGACGAGGAGGCAUCUGAAUUUAGCCAGGCCUCUGAGGGCAGUUUCUCCCAGUCAUUCCAAAUGAAAGUGUCUGCUAGUCAAGAUGACUUCAAGCUAAAGGGGGAGCCCCGACUGUCGGCACAGAUGAAGGCGGUUUCGGCGGAGUACCUGGGCCCUGUGAUGGACGCAACCACCCGGAACAUUACCAAGUCGCUAGCCUCCCUCACAGAAAUCCACGAGGAGGGGCUGGGCUUCUCCCUGAUGGACGCCCACUACAGAGACCGGGUCUCACGCACCAUCAGCCUGCCUGUCCGGGGCCACACCUUUCCAAGGCAGUCCAGGACCUCGGACACCUCCCCUCUGAUGCGAAGGAAGUCAUAUGAUCGUGGUCAGCCCUACAGACCGGCCGACAUGGGGUACACUCCCCCGUCCUCUCCUCCGCUCCGUCCCCGAAAUGACCGUAACGUCUUUUCCCGCCUCACCAGCCACCAGAGCCAAGGGUCAGCACUGGACAAGUCGGAUGACAGCGACUCCUCUCUCUCGGAGGUGCUCAGGGGUGUGAUCAGCCCAGUGGGGGGCGUGAAGGGGGGCAGGACAGCCCCUCUGCAGUGUGUUUCGGUGGCGGAGGGUCACUCCAAACCCGUGCUGUGUCUUGAUGCCACGGACGAGCUGCUCUUCACUGGGUCCAAAGACCGUACCUGCAAGAUGUGGAACUUGGUGACAGGCCAGGAGAUCAUCACCCUCAAGGGUCACCCUAACAAUGUGGUAUCUGUCAAGUACUGCAGCAGCUCCUGCCUGGUCUUCACUGUCUCCACGUCCUACAUCAAAGUGUGGGAUAUCCGCGACUCCGCCAAGUGUGUUCGCACCCUCACGUCCUCUGGUCAAGUGGUCUCUGGGGAUGCCUGCGCUGGCACCACCACUCGAACUAUCACCGUGGCACAGGGCGAGUACCAGAUCAAUCAGAUAGCGCUGAACCCAGCCGGGUCUGUGCUGUACGCAGCCGCUGGAAACACCGUUCGAACCUGGGACCUCAACAGGAUGCAGGCCACUGGGAAGCUGACUGGCCACAUAGGAUCAGUCAUGUGCCUGACAGUGGGCCAUUCCUCUGGGGGGAGGGACCAGGUCAUCACGGGGUCAAAGGACCAUUACGUCAAGGUCUUUGAUGUGGCAGAGGGCAUGCUGGGUAACAUAGGCCCGGCUCACAACUUUGAGCCGCCGCACUAUGACGGCAUCGAGUGCCUUGCCAUUCAAGGGGACGUGCUGUUCAGCGGCUCUCGGGACAACGGGAUCAAGAAGUGGGAUCUGGAGCAGCAGGAACUGAUCCAGCAAAUCCCCAACGCCCACAAGGAUUGGGUCUGUGCCCUGGCCUAUGUGCCAGGCCGCCCCAUGCUGCUCAGCGGCUGCAGAGGGGGCAUGCUCAAGGUCUGGAACGUGGACAACUUCACCCCCAUCGGAGAGAUCAAAGGUCACGACAGCCCCAUCAAUGCCAUCUGCACCAACUCCAAGCAGAUUUUCACUGCUUCCAGCGAUUGCCGGGUGAAGCUGUGGAGUUAUGUCCCAGGGCUCACUCCGUGCCUGCCUCGCCGCGUUCUGGCCAUCAAGGGGCGGGCCACCAGCCUCCCAUGAGCCUCCACUAACACCUCCCGCCUCUGCUGCUGUCCGUGACAUGUCAGUGAAGAUCUGGCUGGCGAAGAUGAG